AUGGAGGGGGACCAGCCUCGGCGCCAGCCGGAGUUGCCCGACGUCUACCCCCUUCGUCAGGGGUGCCCAGAGGACACCCUGACGCCCGGCACGCUGAAGCACGGGUACCAGGAGAGCGCCGAAGCUAUCGGUGUGCCGGAGACCAAGGAGGCGGCGCUGAGCCUGGCGGCGGAUACCAAGCUCUGGGGCAGAUGGAAGAGCGACGGGCACAGGAAGACCCUGUGGAACUCCCUGCGAGCUGUCCAGGAGAAAUCUGCCAGUAAAGACAAGGCAGGAAAGCAGUAUGGUGUACCACUCAGUGGUGCCUCCAUCAGCAAAGAUGUCUCUCUUCCUCAGGAGCGGCCUGUGGAGGGAGAACACAAUUCCACAUGGCUACUCAACCUCUCAAACCCACUCCAUGCCUGGGGGCCAGACAGUGCCAUUCUGGUGCCCAAUGGCAGGCCUCAGUCGCUCAUUGCUUCACUGGCUGCAAAUCAGGUCGCAUUACCACAGGCGUCUUCUCUCUUGCAGGUAACGUACCUCAGCCAGGCUGAGGGGGCGGUGUCACCCGUGGACCACAGGCAGUGUUCAAGCCUCCUCACAAAGGACCUCACCCAGAUGCUUGGCGACCUCCUGCCACAAUGCAUGCAGGAUGUGAAGGCUGUGGCGGCAACUGCAGGAACGCCAGUGAAGACAGACGACCUGCGGCCAUCCACCCCCCAGUCUGCAAGUUCCCCAGCCAGUGCUGCUGGCCCCAAGGGCGCAGCAGCGUUGCAGGCUGGCAGCCCUGAGGGAAGCAGCUUGGAUGCCAGCAGGGGCACGCGAGAGGGGCCCCCAGGCGCUGAGUGUUUUGGAUUUCAGCUUGUGGGUGACACAGGCCAGCGACUGGAGUAUCUCAUCCGAUUGACUGGCUGGCUCACCCGGGAGGGGCUGGUUGAUGUGGGCAGCCUGGCAGAUUGGGUGCUCGAUGAGCUCCAGGGAGAGGACCUGCCCGUGCAUGGGUGGGCUGUGCUGAUUCCCCUUCUGGAGGCAUGUCUUCCGGAUGCUGCCAUGUGCCAGGAUCGCACCAAGAGGAUGGUUUCGUUUGGUUUGAGCUGUGCAUCUCAGCUGCAAGAGCAGGAGCAGAGGGAGGGCAGCGAAUGGCAAGCACAGCGGCUGGGGCGCUUGAAGGGCAGCGUUUCUGCCAUCAUGCAGCGACUGGUGGAGACAAAUCCAGGGGCACUGGUGGGCCUUGACACGGUCCAGCAGCUUACUGAAUUGAAAGAGAAGUGUAACAUCGACAUCAGCGAACUGCAGGCCUGCCAGGCCAAACUGACGCAAGCGGUCGGUCUGAGGUGUGUUGAGUCGAGGUCACAGUGGCUGGAUCAGUGUGGGGCAGGGGCAAUUUCAGCUUCCUUAGCUUUCCUUGGAGGCCCUGAGCCUCAGACACAUGUCCUGUAG